AUGGUCAAGGCUGCCUCGAGGCACGCCACGCCGGAUGGCGAGAACGAUCCAGGUCUCGCCACGCCCAAACCUAAAUCCAUGCACCUUCUGCCCUCGCGAACUAGCAUGAACAACAUCACCAACUCGCUCUCCUCGAAGCGAAUUCUUCCACCCCAUCUACAGUCAGCCGCCAUCCCAAAGCGUUCCUCCGAUUCGAUCAAAUCCGCUGUGCGUUCCUCUCUUGCUUCCAACGCUACUCCGCAGCCAAGGCGCAAGCGCACCGAUGCCGAACCUGCCACCGUCACCCCUCGUCCCAGAGCCUUUGUCGAAGCGACUUCCGAUAUCCGCAAGAUGCAGUCCGUCAGCGACAUUUCCAGGCUCACUAUCGCUUCCUCGUCCAGCGAUGAUGCUUCCAGAGCCGCAGACAUCGAGCCUGUCAAAGCUUUCCUUCGCAUUCGGCCCCCUUCGCACGAUAGUCCCAAGGAUUCUCCUCGACCUUACAUCGAGGUCGUCAGUGACACCGAAGUUCUCAUGCAUCCGCCCUCUCAGCCUGCCUACUGCAGCUCCCUGUCCGGUGUCAGGUCCAGGACCACCAGCAUCGCACCUCCCACAAAGUACAUCUUCAGCAAAGUUUUUGGCAGUCAACCCACUUCCUCUUCUGACACUGGCCAAGACAUGUCUCAAUCCGCAUUCUUUCAGCAUACUACUCUGCCUCUGGUCGAGGCCCUCCUUCAAGGCGAAAGUGGCCUCAUGUUUACUUACGGCGUCACUAACUCGGGAAAGAGUCACACUGUUAUGGGCAACAGCUCGCCUGGAGGCGCCGGUAUCCUCCCACGCUCGCUCGACGUCAUCUUUAAUAGUAUCAAAGGCCUCGAGAGCUCUGCCAACAUCCUGCCCAUCGGUGUCUCUGGCGUUCAACGCGCCGACAAGCCAUCAGCGCAAGCCGAUUCCGCUUCCGCUUCCGCUUCCGCUUCCAGCCUCGGUGUCAAUCCUUUCAUGAUUCCCAGUGUCUCGCGCAGACUCCUCGCAGAAGCUCCCGCACGUGUCGCAAAGCCUCCCAAACUCAUCGAACACGACGACACCAAGGUUCCUGUCGACCGCAAUCUCCGCUACAGCGUCUUCGUCAGCUACGUCGAGAUUUACAACGAAAAACUUUUCGACCUCCUCGAUGUCUCGCCUGGCUCCAGCCUAAGCCGCGCUGAAUCCAUUCGUGGCUCCAACUGGAGCCUCGCUAACAUGGCCAACGCUGCUCCGAGCUCCAUUCCAGCAAGCGCCAGCAUCACGCUCAACCGCAAGCCCCUCAGUCUCAAGAAUGAUCACGACAACGGCGGCAAGUACGUCGCUGGUCUGCGCGAGAUCAAGGUCACUUCGCCCCAAGAGGCUCGCGACCUCCUUCAUCGAGGUCAGGAGAACCGUGCCGUCUUUGGCACCAUGGCCAAUCGCGCCAGUUCGCGAAGUCACGGUAUUUUCACCAUCAAAGUCAUCCGUCAUCACGGCGGUCUCACAAACUUGUCCGACGAUGACCUCGAUUCCUUCACCACUGCUCGUCUCAGCAUUGUCGAUCUCGCAGGCAGCGAGCGCGUCGCCAACACCGGCCUCGCUAGCGGCGAUCGUCUCAAGGAGGCCGGCAACAUCAACAAGAGCCUAAUGUGCCUUGGACAGUGCCUCGAAACGCUUCGCAAGAAUCAGGUGCGUCUUAUGGGCACUACCGACAACGGUCAGGCUGCCACGGUCAAACGACGCGUCAGCAUCGUGCCUUUCCGUCACUCGAAACUCACCGAACUCUUCCAGAGCUUCUUUGUCGGCGAAGGCAAGGCGGUCAUGAUCGUCAACGCAAACCCUUACGACACGGGCUUUGACGAAAACUCGCAUGUCAUGAAGUUCAGUGCAAUCGCCAAGGAAGUGGCAGUUUCUCGUUCCAUGGGCCCGAUCACAAAGAUGUUGCCUCCGCUGCCACCUCAUAAACAGGAGGGCACUCCCGGCUCUCGAUCGCUGCCAAGGUCAAAAUCGAGCGUCAACAUGCUCGAAUCCGACAGUGAGGUUAGCGCAGACGUUACCAUCAUCGAAGACGACGAGGAUUCGGAAGACGAGAACCAUGACUCGUUCGUCGACAUGCUCCUCGAGAAACACGAAGACUUGCGUCAGAAGUUGCACGCUGCCGAACUUCGCUGCGCUACCAUCGAGGCCGAAGUGCGCCGAGAGAUGGCCGACCAUUUCGAACAGAGACUCAUCGAGCUCACAGAAGUCUACAACAACAGGAUGAUCAACGACGUCGAAGAGAACAAUAAGUACACCAACCGCAAGAUCGAUCUGCUCAUCAGAGCCAACGCUCACGACGAGCCUGAACUCGAUGCUGACAGCAGUACUGGAAGGCAACUCUCCGACCUGAGCAUGAGCGAGGACGAGGACGAGCACUACGAAUCUGACCAUGAUGAGGCUGAGGUUGAAGGCACGCUCGCGGCCAGAAACCGUCGCUUUGAUCGAAGCAUGAGCGAGAUCAGCGCUGGUGAGAGCGUCUUUGAUGAUGCUACCGAGGGCGAUGCCUCCCAAUCUCUGCUUGUUGAAGACGAUUUCCAAGGCAAUCAUGACGUCAGUCGAGACCAAGAUUCUGCCAUUCUCAGGCCAGGAAAGCCACCCAAGCGCUCAGCAGCUAAGCAGAUAAAGUACGCCGGUUCCGAAGCCUCUCAUUCCGCGUCCGACGAAGAUGUCUCCCAGACCGAAUCUCAAUCCGAGUCCGAGUCUGGAUCCGGUGCUGAGCCAGAUGCAGUUUCGAUCAGCGACCAGGACGACAACAUGUCUUCGGCACUCAGCACAGCAGGAGACGACGAGAGCGAUGACAACUAUAGCAGCGACGGCGACAGCGAAAGUGAUGCAGAACAAGAGAACAAGCAAGGCAAUAGCAAGCGCGCAGCCGGACGAAGUGAGUCCCAAGUACUCAGCGAGAUCCCUUCCAGCACUUUCGACGACAGUCUGAGCUCCAUCGCCAGCUCUGCCCGCGUGACUAAGGAUUCCGACUCUUCUUUCAACGAGACCAACAUUGACUCGGACAGCGAAGAAGAAGAGGAUCGUCGCGCACGCCCGCAAAGGGAGUCUGGCGGUCCUAAUACUGCCAACGCCAAUGCAGCUCGCGGCAGCAACGGCAGCAAUGGCAGCAGAACGACCGCUCGUGGCCGACGCUCCUCUAACAAGUCGCACGCCUCUUCCCGUAGCGCCUCAAUCCUCGAUCAAGCUGGUGCUCUUACUGACUUGAGCGAUGCGAGUAUGGUCAUGAAAGAUACCGUCACCCCGAAGAAGAAGCGCAAGCUGCGGAAAAAAGCCGCUAUGCAGGAGGAUGACUAUGUGGAACAGAUCGGCGACUCGAGCCUCGUUGAGGCGGUCUACUCGAACACAAGCCACAACACGUCGAGGGCCUCCGGGGCCAGUCGAGCCUCGCGCAGUUUCAACAGUCGAAAGUCGACUCGUUUCUAG